AUGGCACACUUAAGAAGUCAAGAUGAUGAUUUUGAUGUAUCUCAAGUAUCAAAUCAAAGCUUUUUAACUUCACUUGAUGAUAAUGAAUUGAUUGAUUUUAUAAAUAAAUUAAGUCAAAAGAGAGAUAAAGAUAAAGAUCAAGGUAAAGGUCAAGGUCAAGGUCAAGCUGGUAAAGAAGGUGAAGACAUUUUGAAUGAUGAUAUCUUGUUAAAUUCAUUAGAUGAUGAUCUUGGUAUCGAUAUAAAUCAAAAUAAUAAUCACAUUGAUAUAUUACCAUCAAGUCCAAAAUUAUCUGAAGAUCAUUCAUUACAAUUAGCUCAACAACAACCAGAAAUAAUCCCGGUUGAUGGUCCAUUAGUUUAUGAACAAGAACCAGCAUUUGGUGAUUAUGGAACUUAUAUGGCUGCUAAAUCAAAAGCUCAACAAGAAGAAGAUGAUCAAUAUUUAACUUGGGAUCAUCAAAGACGUGUUGAACAAGGUUUAUCACCUGAAUUACCUAAAAUUUUUGAAGGUUGUAUUAUACAUGUUAAUGGUCAUACUAGACCUGGUAUACAAACUUUACAUAAAUUAAUUAUUCAAUAUGGUGGGAAAUUUAUACAUCAUUUAAGUUCAAAAGGUUCUGCAACUCAUAUUAUUGCAACUAGAUUAACACCAAGAAAAGAAAUUGAAUUUAGAAAUUAUAAAGUUGUUAGACCUGAAUGGAUUAUAAAUAGUAUUGAAAGGGGUAAAAAAUUAAAAUGGAGUGAUUUUUCUGUUAUUAAAGUUGAUUAUGGACAAAAAAGAUUACCAUUUGAAGAGCAAGCCCAGGAAGAAAAAGAAGAAGUUGAUGACGACGAUGAAGAUAAAGAUGAAGAUGAAAAUAAACACUAUAAAGAAGAUUCAGAAGGUGAGAUUGAAGAUUCAGAAGUUUUCCCAUUAACACAAAAAGAAGAUGAACCAAUAGUGAAUGAUAUCAUGGCUGAUGAAGUUAUUGAUGCAAAACAUCCAGAUUUUUUAAAAGUUUUCUUUACUAAAUCAAGAUUACAUCAUUUAAGUACAUGGAAGGCAGAUUUAAAAGCUGAAUUUUCAUCAGUUGCACUUGAACAAGCAAAAGAACAAAAAAGGAAAUCUCAAUAUCAUAAACAAAAUCAAUCAAAAAUUAUUAUGCAUGUUGAUUUUGAUUGUUUCUUUGCAACUGCUUCAGCUAUAUCACAUCCAGAGAUUGAUUUUGAUAAUACACCAGUUUGUGUUUCUCAUGGUGGUCAAAAGGCAAAUUCUUCAGCUGAUAUUGCAAGUUGUAAUUAUGUCUGUCGUAAAUUUGGUGUUAAAAAUGGUAUGUGGGUAAGAUCAGCAAAAAAAUUAUGUCCAAAUUUAAUUUGUCUUGAUUAUGAUUUUCCAACUUAUGAAAAAAUUUCAAAACAAUUUUAUAAUAUCUUGGUUGAUUUUAAACCUGAUUGUAUCUUCCCUGUAUCAGUUGAUGAAGCUUUAUUAGAUGUUUCAUCUUUAAUUGAUCAAGAUGAUAUGAUUAAUAGUGUUGAGAAAUUGUGUUCAUCAUUAAGAUCCCGUGUUUUAGAGGAAACAAAAUGUUCUGUUAGUACUGGAUGUUCUCAUAAUGUACUUUUAGCUAAAUUGGCCCUAAGACAUGCUAAACCAAAAGGUCAAUUUUAUUUACAUGAUGAUAUACCAAAUUUUUUACAAAAAAUUAAUGUUCGUGAUUUACCAGGUACUGGAUAUUCUAUUGAAAAUAAAUUAAUACAAGAAGUUUAUAAAGAUCAUGAUGAUUUUGAAAAUAUUAAAGUAACAGUUGGUGAUUUAUUAAAUAUUGAUAAGGCAAAAUUAAUGAAUAUAUUUGGUGUUAAAACAGGUGCAAAACUUUAUGAUUAUGCUAGAGGUUUAGAUAAUACAUCAAUUGAUAUUUCUAAAAACCCACAAGAAUUCAUGAGGAAAAGUGUUUCAAUUGAUGUUAAUUGGGGUAUUAGAUUUGAUACUAUUGAACAAGUUGAUAAUUUUUUAUUUAAUCUUGGUAAAGAAAUGGCUGAUCGUUUACAAAACAUUAAUAUGUGUGCUUUACAAAUGACAUUAAAAAUCUUGAAAAGAUCUCCAGAUGCACCAAUUGAUCCACCAAAAUAUUUAGGUUGUGGUAAAUGUGAUAUGUUUUCUAAAAGUUCAAAAUUAGGUGUUCCAACUGAUGAUUUUAGAGUUUUCGGUACAGAAGCAAGAUCAUUAUUUAGAAAUAUUGGAUGUGAUCCAUUUGAACUUCGAGGUGUUUCAAUAGCAACAAAUAAACUUGUAUCCAAAGUUCAAGUUGGUAAUCAAAAAACUUUACCAUUUAAAAAAGUUGAAUUUAAUUUUUUUAAAAAGCAAAAACUUAAUGAUUCAUCUCCUAUUACCAAAGAUGAUUCCAAACAAUCAAACCUAGUAACUGAAUCACCAAUUAAUACAAUAAAAUCAACCCAGUUCCAGAUACCAAGUGAUCUUGAUUCAUCAAUGUUGGAAGAAUUACCAUCAAGUUUAAGAAAUGAAAUCAACAAACAACGUGAUAACUCUAAUGUAGGUGUACCAGAAAUACCAAAAGAAGUUGAUUUAACAGUUUUCAAUUCAUUACCAAUUGAUAUUCAAUUAGAAUUAAAAGAAGAAUUAAGAAGAAGAAAAAUUUCAAUAAAUCCUCAAACUCCACAAAAGGAUAAAAAAUCUUAUUUACAACAAGUUUGGCCAAUUGAUGGAUCACAACCACAAUUUAUUAGAAUUAUUUCUCCCAAGAAAUCACCUACAAAGAAACAUAUAAGGAAACAAUCACCAAUUAAAGAUUCAUUAUCAAAAUCUCCUAAAAAAUCACCUAUAAAGUUUGAAAAAUAUGAUGAAUCUGUAUUAAAUGAAUUACCAACUUCAAUUCGAGAAAGUAUAAUUGAAGAAUGGAAAACAUAUGAAGAUGCUAAUAAGACUGAAUUUUAUAGGAUUAAACAACAAACCAAUUCUACUCUAGAGGGGAAACAUUCCAAAGAUCAAAUAGGUACUAAAUUAACAAAUGUUAACCCUGAAUUAUUUACACAAUUAUUCAAACCAUUAAUUUUCCAAAAAAUGGAAAGACCAAAUGAAAUUUUAAAAUUAAUUGAAGAAUGGAUUAUUCAUACAAAGUUAAAAGGACCACAUUUAAGAGAUUUAGAGAUUUUUUUAAAAUAUGUGGAUGAUUUAAAAUCAAGGAAUUUGAUAUUUGCAUUAAAUUUAAUUGAAUCAAUUGAGUUAACUUUUAGGUUUAUUGAAGAUGUUUGUGAUGAAUGGAUUAAUAUUUUCAAUGAACUAAAGGAGAAAAUUGGAAGUGGUAGUUAUAAAAAGGUAUGA